AUGAAAACAACGAAAACUGACCAUCUGGUAGCACUUUUGCGAAAUUGGUUUUUCAAAAAAAAAAAAUUAGAGUUAAGAAAUUUAGAACAAGAGUUAAAAGCCUAUCAGCAUAAUUUAAACAAUCCAAAAAUAGAAUUAGAAGAAUAUGAAAAACAGUGCUUAUUAAACAAAAUUAAAAUUAGUGAAAGAAAGAUUGGAAAUUGUAAAGAUGAGUUAGCAGAAAAUGAAAAAGAGUUCGAAAAUGAAAAAAGAGAACUUUGUUUGCGUUUGGCUUAUGAAAGAAAAGACUUAGAACCUUUUUUACGAGAAUCAGAGCAUUGA